AUGUUCCGGUGCAAUCUGCCGCCACCGCUGGCCGGUGCUCUGCUGGCCAAAGCCAAAGUCACAAGGGAGCGAAGGCCGAAAACCGGCGAUGAGGUGAAAGUCCACUAUGUGGGAACCUUGCAAGCCGACGGGAGCAAGUUCGACUCCUCCAGAGACCGUGGCCAGCCAUUCGAGUUUUCGCUGGGGCGCGGAGAAGUAAUCAGGGGCUGGGAUUUGGGCGUAAAGACCAUGAAGAAAGGCGAAGUGGCCACUUUCACUCUGGCCCCCGAGUUCGCCUACGGCGACGAAGGGUCGCCGCCCAAGAUCCCGGCCAAGGCGACUCUGGUAUUCGAGGUGGAGCUAAUAGGUUGGAUUUCCAAAGACGACCUUUUUGGCGACGAGGGCGCCAUCAAGACGCAGCUCAAGGAAGGCUCAGGCUGGAAGACGCCAAACGACGGCGACGAGGUGCUGAUGAGCCUUUGUACCAAGGCGGCCGACGGCUCUGUGCUCGAAGAGAAGCCACAGAUGGAGUACGUCUUGGCUUCUGGCGCUCUGGGCGAUUUGGGCAAGGUGGCGGAUAGGGUCCUUCAGAUGAUGAAGAAGGGCGAGGAGGUUUCAGUGGCGUGUACACAGGAAUAUUUCGGGAAGCCGGACGGAGGAACUGUUGAGCUGACGCUUCACGAGAUCUACGACGACAAGGAUGUCUCCUUUGGAAAGGACAAGUCCGUGAUGAAGAAGCAGGUCAAAGAAGGGGAAGGCUACGAGUCUCCCAAGGAUGGCGGCAAGGUGAAGCUGACGGUGGACGUUGCUGGCAGCACGACCACGCUGGAAUUCACUGUGGGCGACGGCGAGGUCUGCGAUGCCUUGGAAUGCGCCGUGCUGGAGAUGAAGAAAGGCGAGCGUGCCAUCCUCACUUGCACCAGGCCCAGCUCCUGCAUAGAGCCAAAGUUGAGCCUUCAGCCCACCGACAAGGUUGUCAUGACGCUCGAACUGUUGGAGUUCGAGAAGUUGAAGGAGCAGUGGGAUCUCUCUGAGGAGGAGAAGGUGGAGCGUGGACAAGCCCGCAAGGAAGUUGGCGGCAACCUCUUUAAGCAGGGCCGCAUCGAGCUGGCCUUGGAGCGCUACAAGAAGGUCAUGGAUUUGUUCAACUACAUAGACAACUUCAAGGAUGAGAACAAGGCGAAGGCUAAGGAGCUGAAGAAGCUCUGUGACCUGAACAAAGCUGCAUGCCACCUGAAGCUGAAGCAGCACCAGGACGCCAUGAGGUGUUGCAACAACGUACUCAAGGAGGAGGCCGACAACAUGAAGGCGCUCUUCCGACGGGCCCAAGCGGCCUUCGGCCUCUACGAGUACACAGAUUGCAUGAAGGACAUCAAGCACAUCUUGGAGUUGGAUCCCAGCAACCGCGAUGCCAAAGUGCUUUACAAGCAGGCGCAAGUUGGGCAGAAGGAGGAAGACAAGAAGGUCAAGGGCAUGUUCGCGAAGAUGUGCCAGGGCAUGUCUUCCCCGCCACAGGUCAAGGCCGCGCCGAAGGCUGAGAUGAGCUCCGGAAAUCCGGAGGUGGAGGAGUGA